CCCUUAGCUUUUUGUAAACACACAUCUAUUUUCUUUACCUUCGUAUAUCCACAAACUAAAUUCAAAUCGUAGCAAUGAGUUUGGUUGAGAAAGCCAGUAGUUCUCUUGAGGUACCGCCGAAUAGCCUAGAAGUCGAUGAUGAACUGGAAUUAUGCAGCAUUGAUCAUGAAACCCAGAAACUUAUUUCCAAGAGCUGUGCGAAACAGGAAAAUGAAUCAUGGGAGAUACUUCCCGAAUGCGACCUCGAGCAAAUGGGUUUUUUGGAGUCGAUCCCGGAUAUUGAGUUCCAGUUCUCCUGCAGCAAAGAGUUUAUGAUCCGAGGGAUCAACCAUAUGCUGGAGAACAAGAAAUGCACCGAUGUGGUGGUCCAUGUGGGUAAUCAGUCCUUCAAAUGCCAUCUGCCUGUUUUACAGCUGUGCACAGGGUAUUUUAAGAAUCUCAGAAGCGUGGAUGUGGUCACCUUGGGUACGGAUGCUAUAACACCGAAGGGUUUUGAACUGGCCUACGAAUGGAUGACACAUCCGAAUGCCAAACCCUCCCGAAAAUACAUAUUGGAUAUCUAUUUGGCCGCCAAUUUCCUGGACAUGCCGGAACUGAGUGCCCAUCUGUGGUGUCGAUUGGACGAUCCCAAGUUGCUUAAUGGUUUCGAAGCUUUUCGAUUGUAUUUGCAGUGUUUGCCCCUACAAGCGGGCGUGUUGCAGGAACUGAUGCUGGGUCGCAUUCAUAAAUAUUUUCUGGUGGCCGUUGCCACCGAGGAAUAUCUCGCGUUGGAACCACGUCACGUCUUUGAGAUGCUCAGUCACUUAAAUAUGUGCGUUAAUUCCGAGAUGGAGAUGUUUAUGAGUGGUGUGAGAUGGUUGUUCUACGACUGGCGGAAUCGAAAAGAGUUUGCAGUGGCCAUAAUGCAGGCGAUACGCUUUAAUCUGAUGCCAGCAUGGUACACUACUGUUAUGAAGUCCAAGCACUCGGAUGAGGUGUUUCAGGAACUGCUGGACAUGCCGCAGAUACAAUCGAUGAUCAAUCUGGGCCUAUCCUUCUCGAUAACCCACAACUUUUUGCAUCCCACAUCGCCGCUGAAAGAGCCGCUCCAGAUGCAGCAGCCCCAUGAAAGGCAGUGGGUCUUCAAUCCGAACAUCCGACAUCACCACCGAUACGAGUGCCCCAAGUGGCGUUACCUGAAUCUGCACGUUUUCAACGAGUACAUGGAGCACAUCAUCGUUGCAGGCUUUCGGUAUGUGCCCUCCCUGGAGUAUUUGAACCCCGACCAGAUGAUGUCCUGCUGCCAAGAGGCCCUGGAAAAGAAAUCAUUAAAUAAAUAGGCCAGUGGAGGACCGCCGUCCUAUAUGUGUGUGCUUGUCUGGAUGGCUCAAAAACACACCCUUGGGUGCCAUAUAAUUGCCACAAAUAAUUUCAUUAGCCGGGUCGGACCGUUCGGGGCUUUGGUUUCGCAUUCGCAUUAAGCGUUUCCAAUUAGUUGAAUGGCUGGCAUUUUGCUCAAUUAAUUGUCAACGUUUAUGAACUAAGCACUUAGUUGUGAAACGUUUGAAGGUGUGUGUUUAUGUUUGCCCACACAAAACACAUGCCCAGCAAUUGCGAAUUCGAAUUCGAGCAAACAAAAUACAAUCACACAUGCAAAUGUCAAUGCCCCCGGGCUGUCAGUUUUCCGCAAAACCGCAAAGAAAGAAAAACACUUAUUGUUUAAACAACACCAAAGCCAGGCGCAAAUGCUGUAAAACCUGGCGGUAAAACAAACCAAUCGACAGGCAUAAUCAAAAUAUUUUCACAAAAAAUAACACAAUUAACAUGCAGAAAU